AUGCUCAUCCAACGUAGCGAAGCCAUGACUGAGCAUAAAAAACACAAGCGAAUCAUCUUUUACCAUCAAACCCAGUACAGAGACGACAGAUAUAUCUCCAUCCUCCCCGCCCUCAAUCCCGCAGCUGGCGUCACACACGUCAUCGUCGCCGCGAUUCAUCUCAACGCGCCCGACAACAUCACCCUCAACGAUGACCUGUACAACUCAUCCAAGUUUAUUCCUCUCUGGGAUGAGGUCCGUCAGCUUCAGGCUGCCGGUAUCAAGGUCCUCGGCAUGCUCGGCGGCGCAGCGCAGGGAUCCUACACCAAGCUUGAUGGGUCACUUGAGGGCUUUCACAGAUGGUACCAGCCACUUCGAGAGAUGAUUAAAUGGGCGGGCUUUGAUGGUUUGGACCUCGAUAUUGAGGAGGCCAUGUCGCUUGGUGGAGUUGUUCGUCUGAUUGACCAUUUGAAGACGGACUUUGGGCAGUCGUUUCUCGUGACGCUUGCGCCUGUCGCGCCAGCGCUGCUUAAUAGGCAGAACCUAGGUGGAUUUAACAUCGAGGAGCUUGAGAAGGGAUUGGGCUCACGCAUAGCAUGGUACAACACGCAGUUUUAUUGUGGCUGGGGCGACAUGAGCAAACCGCACGACUACGAUGCCAUUAUCGCACGAGGCUGGCCACAAGAGAAGGUCGUCAUAGGUCUCGUGACAAACCCGGCUAACUGCUCGGGUUACGUGAGCGAUGCAAAAUUGAAGGCGUGUCUGAAAGAGUUGCGAACUCGCAACAAGAUGGCCUCCGACGAAUAUCACAUGAAGAAUCACCAGCACACCUUUGAAUCAGACAACGACAAAGGAUGGGAAACUCAACCUCCUUAUCAAAAGCCAGAUGUAGCCACCAAAGAGCGCGCUUCAUUUGAGCGCAAGGUUCAUGGUUCCUGUCACUGCGGCAAGGUGCAAUACUGGCUGAACAAGGAUAAGCCACUGGCAUCCAAGUAUUGCCACUGUAUCGACUGCAAGAAGAUCCACGGUGCUCCGUUCCAAUGGGCCGCCAUCUUACAGAAGACGGAUUUGUCUUUCGAGAAUGGGGUUCAAGGCCUACGAUUUUACAAGACGGCUACAAAGAAAUCCGAGCACGUCCUGCCGUGCAAGGUUGGCUGCGAUGAAUGCGGGAGCUGGAUCAUGGACGAAGGGAGAAACAUGGUGCUCCUAUUUCCGACUCUGCUGAACUUGGACACGCCCGAGUUGCGAGAGAACUUCCAGAAUCAGUGA